AUCAAUAUUUCAACUGCUGUAGAUUGCAAGGACCCCAUCUCUACGCACUCCCUGCUGCAAGGCACUUUGCCCUGCUGGAGAGGAUCCCAAUCCCUCUAAUUGCGUCGCCAAUCAAAAUCAAGCACCCAACUGAAAAUCUCCUUCCAUCCUCUAAAGCAAACGUUUCUUGGAAUUGUUUCCAUACUCAGAAUGUGCUCUGUAUAAAACCAACUAAACUUGAAAUGGGAACUUCCCACCAACAUUUUCCCGCGACCUCUCAACUGCAAGGGGACUGAAUGUAUAUGCAUUUCCCUUCUCCUUUGCUAUUCUUGUAACAAGAGAUUCUCCUUCAUUCGGACCAUUCCACCAACCUCCAUUCUUACCUUAGAAAGCAUUUAAUGCGACAUUUCUUUAAAUUCUCAUCACCCAAAUCAGCAUUGUGAAGGGCGAAGAAUGAGUGUUUUGGGCUCGGCGGCGGGUUUGCCUGUCAUUGCUUGCCUGAUUCUUUUGAUUCUCCAUCAUCCGCAGACUAGCAUUCGUGUUCUUGCAGAUGUUCGCACUGAGAGGAUUGAAGGAAGCGCUGGUGAUGUUCUUGAAGACAAUCCUGUAGGAAGACUUAAAGUGUUUGUAUACGAGCUGCCUAGCAAGUACAACAAGAAGCUCCUACAAAAGGAUCCUAGAUGCCUCUCCCACAUGUUUGCUGCAGAGAUUUACAUGCACCGUUUCUUGCUGUCAAGCCCCGUUAGAACCAUGAAUCCGGAUGAAGCUGAUUGGUUCUAUACCCCUGUAUAUCCCACCUGUGACCUCACACCAAAUGGCUUGCCACUCCCCUUCAAGUCCCCAAGGGUCAUGAGGAGUGCCAUACAGCUCAUCUCUGCAAAAUGGCCAUAUUGGAACCGAACCGAAGGAGCUGAUCAUUUCUUUCUUGUUCCCCAUGAUUUUGGAGCCUGUUUCCAUUAUCAGGAAGAGAAAGCUAUAGAGAGGGGUAUUCUUCCUUUGCUUCAGCGUGCUAUUUUGGUUCAAACAUUUGGACAAAGAAACCACGUUUGCUUGAGUGAGCGUUCAAUCACCAUCCCUCCAUAUGCACCACCUCAGAAGAUGCAAACUCACUGGAUUACCCCUGACACUCCAAGAUCCAUAUUUGUGUACUUUCGCGGUUUAUUUUAUGAUGUCAACAAUGAUCCUGAAGGUGGUUAUUAUGCAAGAGGAGCAAGGGCAGCAAUAUGGGAGAACUUCAAGAACAACCCACUCUUUGACAUCUCAACUGACCACCCAACCACCUAUUACGAAGACAUGCAACGUUCCAUCUUCUGUUUGUGCCCACUUGGAUGGGCCCCAUGGAGCCCAAGACUUGUGGAAAGUGUGGUGUUCGGGUGCAUCCCCGUGAUCAUAGCCGACGAAAUAGUCUUACCUUUUGCUGAUGCCAUUCCAUGGGAAGACAUAGGGGUUUUUGUGGAUGAGAAAGACGUCCCGUACUUGGACACCAUACUCACAUCCAUUCCUCCUGAAGUGAUCUUGAAGAAGCAGAGAUUUCUUGCAAAUCCUUCGAUGAAGAAGGCCAUGCUGUUCCCUCAGCCCGCUGAACCCGGGGAUGCGUUCCACCAGAUCUUGAAUGGGUUGGCUCGAAAGCUUCCUCAUGACAGGAGCGUUUAUCUGAGGCCGGGAGAAAAGAUACUGAACUGGACAGCUGGACCUCCUGCUGACUUGAAACCUUGGUGACCUUGUAAAUGUCUUUUUUUGUUUGUCAGUGAUCAUUAGAUCAUACUGAAUGUUGAUGGGUAGAAGAAUGUAAGUCCAGUUUGACACGAAUACAUUUUUCCAUCAACAAUAUUUUGCUCUUCUGUUGCUGUCAAUGUUCACACUAUAUGUUGCCUUAAUUCGACAAGAAAUAAUACCUUGACAAGUAAUUAAUCCUUGGCAAAAGAAAAGAGUUUGAAGUUAAGAAACAAA